AUGCCAACUACCAUGCGGGGAUUUUCUCUGUUCUGGGAUCAGCAAGCAACUCCAUGGCGAUGCGAAGACGAAGUUGAGUCUUCAGAAGCAUUGCUUGAAGAGGAUGUCGAGCGUUAUAUGCCCGCAUCAAGGGGACGCGGAGGGAAUAGAAUAUGGUGGGUUUUAUCCCUUAUUAACGCCAUAUUCUUUGGAGGGGCCGUAUUCCUGUAUUCUGCUGCUUGGGUGAAGCAUACGGGGCGUAAUGCGUGCCUUAAAGCCACCUCCAUUUACUCGCCUGUACUUGAAGAAGUCAACAUGCCGUUGACCAACACAUUACUGAAUGGAAGUCUCUGGCUAGGAGAGAAUCCGCCGAUCUGGCGGGCCGUACCAGAUUCCAACAAAGUCGAGGAGAUCUGGGAAGAUUUUGAGCACGUGAAACCAAUUGCUUUAACGAGAAACCAGAUAUUGGCCAUGGGGAAAGACCCGGCCACGGUAGUGAAGUUUGACGACGAAUAUUGGGGACUUGGCGACGACGCAUAUGUCGGGGGACUUGACUUUUUCCAUCAAGUUCACUGUCUCAAUACGCUACGGCAUGAAGCUUUUAGGUAUUGGAAUCGAGAAGGCGAGACAGUCCCGAAGUGGAACGAUAUCCAUUGGGUUCAUAUACAACAUUGUGUUGGUAUGAUGAUGGAGCAUACGCUCUGUAAUGCUGAUGCUGGAUUUAUGACGUACAACUGGAUGGAGCACGAAAAGUACCCCUUCCCCGAUAUGAGUGUACGGAAGCAAUGCAGAGAUUGGCGCCAACUGAUAGAAUAUCGCGAUACGCACAGCGUGAACAAGACUCUAUACUCGAACUGGAAGAAGCCUGAGGGGGUUACCCAACUCAAACAGCCCCAGGACUGGUGGGAACAUCGUGGUGAAUACGAUAGGGCGCACUACGCCAACGGGACAGUAAUUACGGGUUGAUCGGUCAUAUUCGAAGUCCAAAUGAGGUUCUCGGAUUAGUAUUAGUAUAAG